GGCGGCUUCCGGAGGGGAUGCGCGGCCGCUGCGGCCGUACCUGCGCGGGCGGGAGGCGGCGGGGGGCGCCGGCCGCGCCGCUCCCCGCCCCCGGCCCCGGCCCCGGCCGGCAGCUGUCCGCUGUGGGAGGCGUCUGCAGCUGGAAAACAGCAGCUCCAGUUUCUCAUCGGAUUUGGGGGUGGGGGUUGGAGGUGCAUGUGGGAAAAGCCAAGCGAUGGGUCUUCCCCUCUUUUGACAACACUCUCCCCUUCAGGACUAAAUCCGCACUGGAGGAAAGUAGCUACAAGUGAGAACCACUAAUCACACCUCCGUGUGGGAACUAAACUAAGUGCUGGGAGCAGCGUUUGCAGCGAGCCCAAGGAUACUCCCUGCCGCCAACCUGAAGUGAUUCCUCCGGGAACGGGUCAUUUGCCCCCGCGGCUCACCUCUGCCUGCAGCUCACAGGCGUGCAAUUUGGGUUUAAUGGAGCUGGGAUUACUGUUCCUCUUUGGACUUACAAUUACGUCGACUUCAGGGUCCUCGCUGCCGCCGCCUCGCUCGCUGCCGUUGCCGCUGCCGGGCAGCGCCGAGCCGCGCUCCGCGGCGCUGGGGCAGAAGGAGCGGGAGAAGAGCGAGGCGGCGGCGCUGCUGGGCGGCGGCAGGGCCAAGGCGGACGGCGGGGCGCUGCGCCGCCGAGCCCGGCGCUGCACUUGCUACACCUACAAAGACAAGGAGUGCGUCUACUACUGCCACCUGGACAUCAUCUGGAUCAACACCCCCGAGAGGACUGUGCCAUAUGGGCUGUCUAACUACAGAGGCAGUUUUAGAGGCAAAAGGUCUACAGGCCAGAUUCAAAGUACUUUCCAGUCUUCGUUUCGGUGCUCUUGUUUGGAUGCACAUGACAAACAGUGUAUGCAGUUUUGCAGGAGAAUGCAAGACAGAAGAAGAAAUCAUGGAUCAGUGAAAACAACAGAGAAGAAAGACCUAUGCAGAGAAAAGGAACAUGCUUUCAUUCAGUAGCACAGAGAGCUUGGGAGGUUCUGAACCAUCAGGUUUAAUGUUUAUUUGCUGAAGCUCAGAAGCAAGAACUUAAACUACAACUCUCCCUUGAGAUGGACAAACUUAAUGCUUCAGUCUGAUGCCAGUGGAGAAUCCAGAAGCAUGUAACACUAAUUUCAUCAAUGCCAAUUUGAGGGCACAUGAACCUGUAUGAAGAAGCUUUCUCCCAUGCUCCUCUCAUGACAGUCUCAGUAAAGGAUAAUCUUUAUCACGUAACCCGGCAGGGAAUGUAUCACCAUGGAAGAAAAAUUCAAAGGAGGAUCCAAACUGCAGCAACACAAAGUUUCAGGAAUCAUUUUUCUACCUGUUUUUAAAAAGUACAAUAGAAACAUACUGUUCCACUUACUGCUUGCUAUCUCUCUGAAGAACCAUCCAAAGCUUUAUGCAGGCAAUUGUAAUGGGAGAAUGUGAUGAGUUAGAGAGAGGUUGCCUGUACGUAAGUUCUCAUGAAGAAUAAAUCGAUAAAAUAUUUCUCUUGUUAAUGUAUGCAAGCCUGAAUGAUAUUGUAACUUUGUGGCAGAUGUUUAAAUGACAGUAUCUAUGCAGAAUAAAUAUGAAUGGCUAAUAUAAAUAUUAUUAUAAACUAUAGCAAGUUAAGAGUAUACAUUGAGUAUUCAAUAGAUUACCUAAUUUAGGCACAAAUUAUUCCUACACUGCACAGUUCCAUUCAAAAACAUUUACAACGAUCAUUUAAGGAGGCACCGUAGCUGAUGAACAAUUUCAAUUAUUCACCCCAAAGAAUUUCCUAAACAUGCUACUGUAAAACUGUGGAACUUAAAAUCUAACUUCAUGCAAUCAGAGUAAUUUCCUGUACUAGACCAUUUGCUAUUCUAAGCCCCUAUGUAUCUUACCAUCCACAGUAUAUACAUUCAUCUUUGCUAAUACGUUAAAAAUCACAUUUUUAGCUCUUCAUUGAAACAUCAUCACUGAACGACUGAACAACCUGGAAACUUGGCAAAAAGGAAAAUAUCCACCCCUGGAGAGUUUUCAGUGUAAAUGAUUUCAGCAGAAAUUAUGGACUUUUUUGAUAGGGGGAGGCAGGAAUAAGCCAGAAAAAAUGAGUAAGUUUUGCAAAUCCUGUUCUUUAAUGUAAUUUAAAAAGAAACAGAGGAAAUCCCUUACUUGUGGCAUUACAGAGCUUUUCUGGUUUGACCUUCAUGCAGACUUUUCCCAGGGCACACAGGUUAAAUUGUAACCAGAUGACACUAAAUUAUAUUUUAUCAGAACACAGAUGGAGACCAAAAAACCCCCUACAAAACAAAAAGAAAUGAGCAGAAAAAAUGGUUAUAUAGACUUAAAACAGUGGUAAUAGAUUUUGUUUGAAACAAGAAAGGGAGGUCUUUGCCAAAAUAUAUAUAUUUUUUAUAUAUGUGGAUAUAUUUCAUAAAUAAAUUAUUAUAGUUAUAAAGGUAAAUAUAUCUUCCAGUUAUUGCAUUUGUAUCAGUUUCUUACUUGCUGGCAUGAUUUUGUACAUUUAUAGAAAAUAGAUUAUUUAUUGUGUAAGAACACUUCACGUAACUGUUUUCCCAAAAUUUCUGAAAGGCACUGUAUAGUUUUGGGUUUUCUUAAAAAUAAGCAAGCUUUGUUAUAAAGAAUAAUUAAUAUUCAUUUAAAAGCAAUAACUUUUUUUUUCUUUUUUUGUGAGUGCAUAUGCUUAGGACAUACAAAAACUUGCCAUCUUCAAAUGAGUUUGAUACUUCUAACAGUUUGAGAAUUGAAUACAAAAAUAAAAUUUAUUUGAUUAUAAUUGUAAAUUAAAAAGUUACAUUUCAAUCUUGUGCCCCAUUUGCUGCAAACGUAACUCCCAUCUGGCCUAAUUUGGAUACUGGGACAAAAGAAGAGGCAGUGGUCAUUUGGAUUGCGAACUCUUUUUACCAAUAAUGUUCACUGACUUCAGGUUAAUUAUAAUUACAUUUUUUUCCAAAAUUGCAAACACCUGGCACCCCAGUGCUGACACGGCUGUCAGUGCUUCCUUCACUGAUACAGCUUUUAGAUCAACUGCUCAGUCUAUAUUUGGAUUUCUACUCUCUUCCCCCAAGUUGAUUCAAUUUGAGUGUUACAUUUGAAGAUAGAUUCACACCUUCCCCAGCCCCACCUGCUUUCACUCUAUUUUAAACUUUCAAAGAUAAAAACCAAAUUCAAUUGGGUUCUGUCUCUACCAGUGAGUUAGAUCUGGCCUUUGAGUAGUGGGUUGUGGGUGUUAUUGUUGUGCUUUUUCCUUAAGAAAAGAUAAUCUGACAUUUUUCUGUGUGAAUUCCCCUUUCAAACAAUUUGGUUUUGGGACUCCACACAGUAGCUGAAAACAUUGUGCCAAUGUACUGCUAGCAGUUAGUGUAAAAAUCAGUCCAUCAUGAACACAGCAAAAGAAAGAAAAAUCACAAAUAACUUAUAUCAAACCUAGAAGAGACAAAAAGAACCCGAAGUCUACUGCAGAUAUCUCCAAAUGAAUCUAUAAAAUGCAGCAUGUACCUGAUCAUUAUAUGCCCUGAGUUCUGGAGCGGAACUAUCAUUAUUCCGUGCAAGAAUAAUAAAUCACCAUCAGACUGUUAUUAUUUAAUUUUAAACAUUUAUAGAAAAUAUCACCAUUGAUAUUCCUCGGCUCUUAGGGACUCAGAUUUCAAACCAGCUUUGUAGGUUUACAUUUUUCUAAGUUUUAACUAGUGGAUGUUAAGAAAAUUUGAAAAUCCAAUUCUUUAAAAAUUACACACAAAAAUUCAUUUCAUAUACAACUGAUGAAUAUUUUUAACUAAGAAACAACUCUUAAAAUGGGAUAGCAUAAAAUGAUUAUUUGCAGAAGCUAGAAAUUAGUGUCUUUUUACAUGUAACAUUAGCUUAGCAUAGUUAGGUGUACUCCAGAGUUACUCUUGUUCUGGAAAAUUAUUUUGGAGGCCACUAGUGUUAUUUUAGUUUUGUAAAAACAAAGUAGUUUCAUUUCUUAGUCUGUUCCAUGUACAACCAUUUAUAUACAGCUCUGCUCUAAUUCUGUCAACACUACAUAGUUCUCAUUCUAGAUCCCAUUAAUAAAAUGCAGUUUGCAGUUGCUAAUAGCAAUAAGAACAACGACUGAUGAGAGGUCUCGAAAAUGAUGUGGAAAGGAAGUUUUUGGAAGAAUUUCAGUUGUGUAGCCUACAGCAGAGAAGGAAGAGGGAAGAUGUAAACACAGUCAUCAAAUACAAAGUGCUAUGGCAGAUAAUAAAGCAGACUUUUGUUUUCUGUGUCCCUUGUAGAAAGUAUAAGAAGUAGGGGGCUUACAUUACAGCAAAGAUAUUCAGGUUAAACACAGCAGUAAGAACAGCUAAGUGAUAUGGAGGCCAUGGUCUCCAUCACCUCCUCCACUUUGUAUUCCUGGGCUGUGGCUUGGGAAAGGCAUAGGCUUUGUUGUCAGAAUUUAAGAGAAGGGUCAAAGCUGUGGGUUUGAAAAGGGAUACCUUCCUACAGAGUUAGGUGACUAUUUCCUAAGCAGGGCUCAGAUCUCAUUUCCUAUAGGUUAGAAUAAAUGGUUCCUUGCUUUCCUAUAGGUUAGAAUAAAUGGUUCCUUGCCGUGCUGGCUUUUGUGUAUACUGCUCUUUUGCUUCUAAUCCUUCCCAUGUAUUAUACAAUAUCUAAAACCUGGAAGCCAAGCUCUUUCUCCUGUUAUGUCAAUAUAGCGAUGACAAUGUGAGAGGUGCAGGAGAAAAAGUAACUGAUUUUCAAAUGACUUCACAAAGAAAGAUAUUUCACUUUUGUAAAGAAAUCUAAACAACAUUAAAACAAACCUCUGAUUUA